UCUAUGGAAUAGAAUCUAUUAUGGCCACUUUUGUAGAACGUGCGUUGCGCGGUAUUGCGUGAUUCGUUUGUUGUAAUGGCAAAAGGUGAUAAAGAAUUAGAAAAACCCAUAGUGAAUAAUGAAUUACCGAACCCGGAAUGUCGGAGCGUCGAUCUAGAUGAUUCCGAACCCACCCAGGAGCAGCCUUUGGACAUAGGAGAGCAUUAUUUAGUGCGGCGCUCGGAUGAGUCAUGGCACCCGGCUGAGAUAAUACAGACGCGGUACAACGCCGCUGAAUCCUGCUAUGAAUACUAUGUCCAUUAUGUCGGCUACGAUAGGAGACUCGACGAAUGGGUUUCCCGCCACAGGGUUAUGUCUGAUAGGUUUGACAUGUGCGAGCAAUCUAACAACAACAUAAAUUCUGAUCAUCUUCUCACGGAUAAAUCCGGCCGGAAGAUAACGCGCAACCAAAAACGUAAACACGAUGAAAUCAAUCAUGUCCAGAAGUCCUACGCCGAGAUGGACCCUACCACAGCAGCACUGGAAAAAGAACAUGAAGCUAUUACCAAAGUAAAGUACAUUGAUAGGAUUCAGAUUGGUAAAUAUGAGAUAGACACAUGGUACUUCAGUCCAUACCCAGAAGAAUAUGGCAAGCAGUCAAAGCUCUGGAUUUGUGAAUAUUGCUUGAAAUACAUGCGAAUGGAAAAGACAUACCGGUAUCAUCUGAGUGAAUGCACAGCAAGACAACCACAGGGCAGUGAGAUAUACAGAAAAGGUACAAUAGCUAUAUUUGAAGCAGAUGGUAAAGAGCAUAAAAUCUAUUGUCAGAAUCUAUGUUUAUUGGCAAAGUUGUUCUUGGAUCAUAAAACACUUUAUUUUGAUAUUGAGCAGUUUUUAUUCUAUAUUUUAUGCGAAGUUGACAAACAAGGAGCGCAUCUUGUUGGUUAUUUUUCUAAGGAGAAGGAUUCCCCUGAAGGUAACAAUGUUGCUUGUAUAUUGACAUUACCUCCAUAUCAGAGACAAGGCUAUGGGAAAUUGCUUAUAGCUUUCAGUUAUGAGUUAUCACGAUUGGAGCAGGUCGUUGGCAGUCCAGAAAAGCCUUUAUCGGAUCUAGGGAAGCUUAGUUAUAGGUCUUACUGGUCAUAUGUUUUGCUAGAAGUGUUGAGCACCAGUAGAGGUACUUUGAGUAUUAAAGAUCUGAGCCAGAUGACAGGUAUAUCCCAGACGGAUAUAAUAUCAACUUUACAGUCUAUGAAUAUGGUGAAGUAUUGGAAGGGGCAGCAUGUCAUAUGUGUGACACCAAAAAUUGUGGCAGAGCAGCUAGCCAGCUCACAUUUCAAGAAGCCCCGGCUGACCGUAGAUCCCUCUGCAUUGCGGUGGACACCUCCAACUAAACAAGGGAACUCCGCUAAAGCCAAGAAGUAGUAUAGGCUAACAGGCACAGCUUAGGGGAUUGAUUCUUAAAUUCUCUAUGCACUGGCCUGUUUCAAACAGUUUUACUUGAUAUUUCAUUUAAAUGCAGUGAAUGGAUCAGAGCUAGGAGUAUUAAUAGAAUUAAUGGUAAGAUUUAAAAUAAUAUUAGGCAUUGAUUGAAAUGUUAAAUUGUAAUACUGCACUGCAUUUGUUGAUAAAAUAAAUGAGUUUACUUUUGUAAUAGUGAGGUUAUUGUAAUAGCAAAUUAAUACAGAUCAGCAUUUCAGAAUUAAAUAAGCAAGGCCAAUGAGGGGCAAAAAAAUGUAAAAAAAAAUUGCUAGUUUGUUAAAUGAAGAUUAGUAUAUAUUUUUUGCAAUUAUUAAAGCACAGUGUUAAAAAUACAGGUGGUAACUUAGUUUACCUAAUUUUUGAGAUAAAUAACAUUACCUCAUCCAUGCAAACCUGUGAUGCAAAUACUCAAAAUUUAGGUAAAUGUGGGGAGUAUAUAUAUACCUGAUUGAUUUAUAAAGAGAAAUUCAUGGUACUGAUGAAAAAAAUAAUAAUACAAAGGUAUAUUGCUGUGAAUUUGCCUUGUGACUGAGAAGGCAGAAUAAUUAGCAUUGUUGUGCUAGAUAUUAUUACUCAUUGCAUGAUUAUGAGUGUUACCUACUUAUAAUAAGAAUGCAGCUUUAAUAACAUUAGGCUUUCAUAUAUUGCAUAUGCUGCAUUCCAUGACAUUUUUAAAUUUCAUGCAUAAAUCCAGAGAAAUGAUGGUAGUCUUUGCCUAGAUCUGUAUGCUCUUGUUCAGUUCCUUUGUACUGGUUCCAGUGAUACUAAUGUUAAGUUACUUGUAAAUAUGAUUAAUUUUUUUAUAACACUGCAUUUAAGGGUCUUCUAUUAUCAAAAAUACUGCAGUACGUAUUGCUUUCUUCAGUUAUGGAUUAACUGUAGUUGUUGUACAAAAUCUGAAGUUCAUCAUGGUCAUAAGAUUUGAUAGUGGGAGACCCUUAAAUUACUUUUUUAUUCUAUUUGAAAUCCUGUGUAUGCAUAAUUUAUUUCUUUUAGUCCAAAACAAUAUUGAAAGUAGAUUACUCAAUUCCAAUCUAGCCAUUUUUUUGGAUUAUCUGUUACUCUCAGGUCAGUCAAAUAAUGAUUCAUAAAAUAAAAGAAUGAUAACAGUUUGAAUUCUUCUCUGUGAAAAAAGAACAAUCAAUAUGUAUGUAGUUUAAUUCUUAGUACAAAAAUAUUAUCUUUAGUCAAUUGUUAAUCUUUGGAAUAUCAGUUUGGAAUUGAGACUGGUAAUAGUGUAAUAUACCUCCAGUGUAAGUGUGACACUGCAGAAAAAAUUACAGAGUCCGCACCUCUAUUGUGGCAGCCUACGCACAUUUUUACAGUAAUAGCGCCUCACUAAUUCAUUAUUUCAACAUUUUUUCAAAUACAAGUUCAUUUAUAGUUAUAACGCUAUUACUUUUUAAAUGGGGCUGACUACCUAUUCGGAAAGGUAAAUUCCUUCUUGGCUUCGCAAUAGACUUACGUGCAUUUACACCAAGCGAGCGAAUGCUCAUUCUACCCCCACCCUGUAUGUCCAACCUAUGACAACCUUAUAGAUAAUACAUAACAACAUGUUUAGAGCGCACGAAAUAUUGUGAAACAGUAGUUAUUUUUAAAAGAACUACUCGCCGCAAAAACGCGGUCUAGUUUAAGUUCGUUUUAGAAACGCUAAAUCUUGUUUUUAAGUAUUUUUAAUCAGUUUAUGUAUUACGAAUGUAUACCUAGCCGCCAUCUAAGAUUUGCCCAACGCUGGGCGAGUUGCUAAAUACGAAAAACUAUCUUCUGUUGUCGUAUUGAUUUAGAUUCUGUGAAUCAUUAUGUUUUCACUAUUUUUUUGUGAUAUUUUUUAAUCUUAAGAGAAAGUGUCGAAAUUCGGUAAUAAUAAAGAAAUGGACGAAU